AAUGUGGAGGCACAGGUUUCUUGCGAACAGUGGGCAUUUACAGAAAGUAAAACAGAGCAUGGUGUCUGGGAGGCUAUUGUUUCCAGUCUCAAAACAUGUGAAAGCGAAUUGUCACCGAACGUUAAUGUUCCGAAAAAUAUAGAAAAUGCUGCUGAUGAUGAAGGAAAAUUUGCUUCACCGUACUACGUUACACUUUUCAAUAAAAUAUUAAAAAAGGUUUUUUGCAACGGAGGGCAAUAUAGUGAAUCGCGUUUUUGGGGCGAACGUUUGCUCAUCAUACAUGAGUUUUUACACCUUUCAGCUAAAGCCAAGCAGUUGUUGAUUCGACUGUUUCUUCGCAAAAGGAAAUGGUUACCGGUUGAUAAGCUCUCCUAUCCUGACAUCUCCCAGCCACUGCAGCCAUUAUUUGAAGAGCUUUCACGAGCUGGGCUCGUUGACUCAAGCCAUACAUCGCUUCAUGAUGUUGAAGAAGCGAUUAACUUAUUACAUGCACCAUCGUUAAAAACUGUCGCGAAGCAUUUUCGAUUGGAUGUGACUAAAGCCAAAAACGAACUCUCUCGUUUGUUGGUACAAUUCGCUUCUCAGAAAAACGUCUUUGGAAUAACGAUGGAAAAAAAGUUGUUGCACAAGGUCAAGCAAGAGCUCGGUUCUUGUUUUCGCUUACGACAAGAAGUGAUAACUCUGUUUUCUGCUCUCUUUACGCUUUACUCACCGAGCGAUAUGAAUCCUGCACUGCUUUUCGAUCAACCAUCCAUAAAUCUACCUUCGCAUUUCUUGUUUGUUAUGCUGCAGUUGGGCAUCGACAAAAUUCGUUUUCCUGCCCCGCACAAUCCGCCUUUAAUAAAUAUCUAUACAGAUUUGGAAAAGCUGUUCAGUUACGUAAGAGCGAAGGAAAUGGAAGUCGAAAUAGCCAGAUGGACACAACAAGGAAUGUGGACGGAUAUCAUUCGUUCGGCCAGAACGGCUCGUGAUCACUUCGAACACUCAUUUUCAACACAAAGAUCUUUCAUCGAGUCACUUCCACCGUAUUUGCGACGCUUCACUGAUGCGCACAUUUAUAUGAGAUGUAUAACACAUGGUGUCGGAGCUUUCGAACGAGUCAGAAAUUAUGAGGAAGCUGUGGCCUGGCUGGAGUAUCUUCUCUACGGCGAACAAUUUAAAUCAAUUUUUUGCUUCCAUCGUGGCGAAUGGUGGGAUCGAUUGGCGUUAAAUUUACACUUUCAUCUAAAGGAUAAAGAUCGAGCAAUGAAAGCAGUUGUCGAUGGUUUGGAGGAUCAGUUGGUAGGCGACAAAGACCGUUUACUUCUUCAGGAAAUUAGUGUUGUCUUAGUGAAUACAUGUGAUUUCCUCGUGGGAAAUGGAUUCGGAAUGUUUUUGGUUGUUCAAGAGAUGGAGCUUCGUUCGAAUGUAAUGUCGAAGUACUGGCUUUGUUUCACUAUAUCAAAAAUAAAGGAUUCAAAGAAGGUUGGUUUUUUCCCGGAAGCUCUGCAAGCUUCAGUUUGUCUUGUAAUCCAUUAUACCGUUAGCGUGUCUGCAGGUUUGCAUGCCGAAGGUACAUUGUGGCAUACUGUCUUCGGACUUCUUUUUUAUAAUAUUAUUUUUGACAGCGACAUCGAAAAUGUAUGGUUUAGCGAAACGCAGAUGAACCCUGCUGAUUUGAAUGAUAGAAAUUUCUACGCCCACCGGCAAGAUCUGUUUGAAUUGCGUUUCAAGGAAAUUGAAGAAUCAAAUAUUGAUGAUCUCUUACGGGAAAUGGAGAAUAUUUAUAAUUUGCAUUAUGGAGUUACUAAUUCCGAAAUUUCUUGGGAAUGCUUUACUGACUUUAAACAAAUUAGUGUAAGCAAUGUUUUACAAACUUUCCAUUUUAAACUUCAUACAUGUUUUGGGUAA